UUCCCCAGCGGAAUCUCCGCGGCAGCCUUUUCCCGAGGGAGCGCAGUCGGGGGGCGGCGGGAUGCCGGGGUGCCGUAUCAGCGCCUGCGGCACUGCGCCCCGCCCGGGGGAGCCGCCGCCCCCUCCCCUUUCCCCUCCCCUUCCCCCCAACUCUUCUCCGGCUCCCUCGGACCCUGCGGAUGAGCCGGGCUCCCCGCCGCCGUCUCCACCUCCCCAGCCCCCUCCUCAGCCCCAGUCCGCAGCCUCUGGAACCACGACCACGACCACGACCUCGCCUGCAGCGGCUGCGGAGAAAGGCGCCGGGCGAGGCUUGGAGCUGCAGCGCUGGCGGCCCGGCGGACACGGCGCGGCGGGCGCCGCAGCAGCGGGCAGCCGGGCGCUAGAGCUGGCUGAAGCCCGGCGACGGCUGCUAGAGGUGGAAGGCCGGCGGCGGGUGGUGUCGGAGCUAGAGAGCCGGGUGCAGCAUCUCCAUCGCGUCUUCUUGGCCGCGGAGCUGCGCCUGGCGCAUCGCGCCGAGAGCCUGAGCCGCCUGGGCGGCAGCGUCUCCCAGGCGGAGCUCUACCUGGCAGCCCACGGGCAGCGGGCCAAGAAGGGGCUGCGGCGUGGCAAACGGCCUCGCCCGCCCGCCCUGCUCGCCUCCGCCCUGGGCCUGGGCGGCUGCGUGCCCUGGGCUGCCGGCCGCCUGCGGAGGGCUGGAACCGCCGCCGCCUCCCCCGAGCCCGACUCCCCCUUCCGCCGGAGCCCGCCCCGGGGCCCGGCUUCCCCCCAGCACUGAGGCCACGGAGGAGAAGGAGAGACCGCGGGAGCUGCCGCCGCGGACAGACGGACGCCAACCGGAGCCAAAGGAGAGACGCAGCGGCCAGGAGGACGCAGAGGGGACCGCGGAACCCGUGCACGGGACCAGCACAGCUGAGCGAGCUUCGCUGGGUGGGGCAGCUGGAGGGCCCCUCUCCCCCGAUAAUCUCCCCUUUCUGCGGGAGGCAACACUUAGAACCACAAUAAAGCUGUGGGCCCUGGGCCUUG